CUAGCGGGGUCUUAUGGAGUGCGUCUACAUCCCCGUCCAGAAUUCGCAAGAGGAGGUGCGCGUAGGGCUCGAUCAGCUGCCGCGCGAUCCAGCCGACAUUGUCGACAUCCUCAAGGCCGAGCAAGCGCCGCUCCAUCUCUGGCUCACAUUCGCGCGCGAGUAUUUCAAACAGGACAAAGUCAAGGAGUUCCUGCAGAUAUUGGAAGAAGGCUCCAGUCCAGAGAUCGAUGAGUACUAUAGCGAUGUGAAGUACGAUCGAAUAGCCAUUCUAAAUGCGCUAGGUGCUUACUACACGAACCUUGGGAAGAUAGAAUUUAAGCAGCGCGAUGAGCACUUUAUUCGCGCUACACACUACUACAACAAAGCCACUAGAAUCGACUAUGACGAGCCCACGACAUGGGCCGGAAAAGGUCAGCUGCUCCUUGCAAAGGGGGACUACGAGCAGAUGUUUGAUGUUUUUAAGAUCGUGCUGGAUGUGCGGCCUGAUAACCUCCUAGCGUUGCUUGGCCAAGCGUGUGCGCAAUUUAACCGUGGACGUUUCCAAGAAUCGCUGGGACUGUAUAAGAGAGUAUUACAGAUGCAUCCGGGUUGUCCCGCAUCUGUCAGGCUUGGCCUCGGUUUUUGCCGUUACCGCUUGGGACAGCUGAGCAAGGCACGCCAGGCUUUCCAAAGGGUUCUUCAGCUGGACCCUGAGAAUUUAGAUGCCCUUGUCGCGCUGGGAAUUAUGGAUAUCAACGCUAACGAUGCGGAGUCUGUUCAGGAAGGCACAAAGAAAAUGCUCGAGGCUUUUGAGAUAUAUCCGUAUUGCGCAACGGCUCUCAAUCACCUUGCAAAUCAUUAUUUUUAUACGGAGCAACACGGUGUUGUUGAGCAGCUGAUGGAAACCGCUUUGGCGUCAACUGACAAUGCGCUCAUAAAAUCGCAGUCCUAUUUUAAUUUGGCUCGAUCGUAUCAUAGUAAGGGAGAUUACGACAAAGCUGCCGCCUACUACAGGGCCUCCGUGCAGGAGCUGAAGUCUCCAAAGGAUUUUAUACUUCCUUAUUAUGGCUUGGGGCAGGUCCAACUCAAACUAAAUGACUUGAAGUCAGCCUUGUCAAAUUUUGAAAAGGUUUUGGACGUUCAUCCUGAGAACUGUGAAACUUUGAAGGUCGUCGGGUACAUACACUUGCAGCAAGGUAGAAACGAUAAGGCAUUAGAAAGCUUCAGAAAAGCUGCCAAAGUGAGCCCUCGGGAUGUUGAUGCAUGGAUUGAAAUAGGGGAGCUCCUUGUAUCUACAGAUUUUUCUGCAGCUUUGGAUGCGUUUAAGACGGCACACAAUCUGCAAACCAAGAGUGGGGAGAAAGUUCCGCUUGGCCUUUUGAACAACAUCGGCGUGCUUCAUUUUGAGCGUGGUGAAUACAAGCUCGCAGAAGGAGCUUAUUAUGAAGCAUUAGGUGAAGGUCCAUGGAAAGAAUUCAAUGAAAAUAAUUUUUCUACCAUUACCGGAGGAGACGGGCCUUUGGAAAAAUUUGAUGUAUUUCAACGAAUUGAAGAGCAAGGAACCUCGCUAGACAUACCAGCUGAAAAAGUAACUGUUCUCUUCAACUUGGCACGCUUAUUUGAGCAGUUGCACGAGACGGAAAAAGCAAAUUUAUUGUACCAGCUUAUUCUUUUCAAGCAUCCGAGUUACGUGGAUGCUUACUUGCGUCUUGCAGCCAUGGCUGAAGCAAGAAAUAACUUGAGUCUCAGCAUGGAAUUGGUACAGAAAGGGCUUAAAGAAGACGACAAUGAUGUGGACAUUCUGUCUUUUCGAGGAAGCCUUGAGCUGAAAGCAGACGAAUGGCUCAAAGCUAAGGAUACUCUGAAGGGAAUACAGAGUGUCUCAGACGGGAAAGAUAGUUUUUCGAACCUGGCGCUGGGAAACUGGAAUUAUUUCGCAGCAACUCGUAGUGAAAAGCGGGAUCCUAAGUUGGAAGCCACACACCUAGAAAAAGCUAGAGAAUUGUAUCAAAAGGUUUUGACGCAAAAGUCCAACAACAUGUACGCAGCAAACGGACUAGGAAUAGUUUUCUCCGAGAAAGGAAUGUUCGACAUUGCCAAGGAUAUCUUCACUCAGGUGCAAGAAGCAGCUUCUGGUAACGUUGCUGUGGAGAUGCCUGAUGUCUGGGUAAAUCUGGCUCAUGUAUAUCUUGCUCAGGGUCAUUUCGGCUUGGCAGUAAAAAUGUAUCAGAAUUGUCUACGAAGGUUCUACUUUAACACCGAAACGAACAUCUUGCUUUAUCUGGCGCGCACGCAUUAUGAAGCGGAGCAAUGGCAAGAAUGCAAACGCGUACUUAUGCAUGCUAUUCAUAUGGCACCGUCGAAUUACAUGCUCCGGUUCGAUGCUGCAAUCACUAUGCAAAAGUUCUCUACUGCAACACUUCAAAAACAGAAACGCACUGCCGAUGAGGUUCGUCAAUCCGUAGCAGAAGUGAAAAAUGCAGUUCGUCUCUUCACCCAGCUAUCACUGAUAAGUUCUCAUCACAUGCACGGAUUCGAUGAGAAGAAGAUUGGAAUGCAUGUCGACUACUGCAAGCAUCUGCUAGAUGCUGCAAAGCUCCAUCUUGAGGCUGCUGAGCGGGAAGAGCAACAAAACCGGCAAAAGCAAGAAGUGGCUCGGCAGCUUGCAAUGGCUCAAGAAGCUCAAAGGAAAGCCGAUGAAGAGCGAAAACUCCAGAUUGAGAAACGAAAGCGAGAAGAAGAGCAUCGCAGAGUCAUGGAACAAGAGCUACACUUCCAGCGCGUGAAGGAAACGUGGAAGUACAACCUCGAUGACGAAGGCAACGAGAGGAAAUCGCGAAGGAAGGAGAAGAAGAAGAGGAAGAAGAAGCAGCGGAACGAGCAGGCCGAGGAGGAGGAAGUGGAGGCCGAGGAAGGCACGCAACCAGAGCCCGAGGAGGAGGAGGCGGAAGCGGAAGCUCCGGUAGCGUCGGAGGAAGAGGAGGAAGAACCGGUGAAGAAGAGUGGCAAAUCUCGUCUCAAGCGCGCUCGCUCGGAAGAAUCCGACGACGAAGCGACGGACCGCCCGUCUCAACCCAUCGAAGAGCCGGAGAGUGACAACGAAAGCGAUCGAGGAGCCAAGCGCAAGAAAACCGCCAUCUCGGACUCGGAGAGCGAGUAGAACAGAACACAUCCUCUUUUCAGGGAAAAUUCUCCGGGCAUGGAAUAUGCCCUGUACAAUGUACGAAUAUGCUCUGAAUAUGGAAAGAAAAUUGUAGUUA